UCCUUUAUAUAGUGCCAUCUUCUUCAUUAGCUCAAUACACACUUAACAUUGGUUUUCUUCCAAUCUACCUCUGAAAUUUUCGUUUUCAUUCUCAAAAUGAAGUUUUCGAUGCGUUUGAUCUCAGCUGUUCUCCUCUUGUUCAUGAUAUUCGUUGCUGCAGGGAUGGGUCCAAUAACAGUGGAGGCACGCACAUGUGAGUCACAGAGCCAUAGGUUCAAGGGUCCAUGUGUGAGCGAAAACAACUGUGCAAACGUGUGCCACAACGAAGGUUUUGGCGGAGGCAAAUGCCGUGGACUUCGUCGUCGGUGCUUCUGCACCAGAAAUUGCUGAUUCAUUGAAUCUUAUAACUCAUCAAAAUCAUCGAUCAAUCGUCUUGUGUUUGCUUCUUUCUACAUCUUCCGUACAGUACCAUGUCGUAUCGUACGCGUGUGCAUCUCUAGUGUGUUCUCGAAUAAGUCUUUGGUUUGUGUGUUAUGAGCUUUUAUGUAAUAUUAUUUCUAAUGAAUGAAUGAUAACUGCAGACUUGAUAAUAUAAA